AUGUCCUCCAACGAGCCCAACAAGACCACCGGUCAGUACCACUCGCUGAAGGGGACCGUUGUUGAAGCCAUCGGUAACGUGACUGGCGCCGAAUCUUGGCAAACCUCCGGCAAGGAGGAGCAUGCCGCAGGUGAAGCAGAAUACAAGGCCGCCCAAGCCCAAGGUUAUAUGGAGGGAACUGCUGAUAGAGUCGUGGGGAAGAAGGAUGCGAUCGUUGGCGCCGUCACGGGGGAUAAGACGCAGCAGACUUCUGGCAAUCUCCAGAAUGAUAAGGGCCAAGCAAAGCAGGAAGUCAACAAGAAUGUUUGA